AUGGAUAUCCUCACCAUUUCCUGGUCAACCAGCGUCUUACUUCUGAUCAUUUGUUUGGUUUCCCACGGCGGGGCGGACUACCAACUGACGGUCCUCCACACCAACGAUGUCCAUGCACGGAUCGAACAGUUCAACAAGUAUGGUUCCGAAUGUAGCCAGGAGGAUGCUGAGGACGGAGCGUGCUUCGGAGGGGUUGCUAGGCGGGCAACCAAGGUCAAGGAGAUCAGGAAUCGGGUAACCAAUGUUCUUCUCUUGGAUGGUGGUGACCAGUAUCAGGGUACCAUGUGGUUCUUUAUUUACCAGGGUGCUGAAGCAUCUCACUUCAUGAACAUGAUAGGAUAUGAUGCAAUGGUUGGUGGUAUCCCCAUAUUAUUGGGUAAAAUUAAACAAAACAUUGAGAUUCUGUGUGUUGUACCUCCAUGGAUAAGCGGAGCUUAG